CCAAGCCCAGCAGUCACAGCCUGCCGCACAAGCUGCACUUCCGCCCGCGUGAGUCCUUCCGGGGCAGAGGUAACCAUGGCCUCCGCCUUGGCUAGGGUUGGUCUCCGGUCCGUUAAGCAGGUUCGGGUUCAAUUCUGCCCCUUCGAGAACAACGUGGAAUCCACGAGGACCUUUCUCCAGGCGGUGAGCAGCGAGAAGGUCCGCUCCACCAAUCUCAACUGCUCUGUGAUUGCGGACGUGAGGCACGACGGCUCCGAGCCCUGCGUGGACGUGCUAUUUGGAGACGGGCAUCGCCUGAUUAUGCGCGGCGCCCACCUCACCGCUCUGGAAAUGAUCACUGCCUUCGCCUCCCACAUCCGGGCCAGGAGUGCGGAGGGGAGUGGGGACAAGUCGGGUGCUGAUAUUGGGCGCUGAGAGCGCCGAAGAGACCAACAAGCAGAUUUUAGCCUGGACUAGGACACUUACUUUCUUUAACGAGAGCUUGACUUAGUUAUUCCGAUCACUAUCUGGAGGGCUACGGAAUGCAAAACAAAAACUGCGAGGGGUGUGAAUGAACUUGAAUUUGUCUCUCUUACCAUCACUCAUUGCUUAACCCUUUUGAAUUUGGCUUCCCCCUCCACUCACUCAGGGUACCUCUUACUCUUAUUUACCAAAUCCAGUGCAAGAAAACCACUGACAGACUGAGUGUUGUUAUCUCAGUCCUCAUCUUUCUAUCUCAGUAGCAUCUGCCACUCUUAAUUCACCCAGUACUUGUGAAAACUCUCUCCCUCUUGGGUUCUUUUUCUUAACCAUAAAGAUGUGCCACCCUCAUUCUCCUUUUUCUUCUCUCUUUAUUUUUUCUGAGGCAUCUCAUAUUCUGUCAUAAUUUGAACUGCCUUCUCUGGGGUUAAACCCUAUUAUUUCCGUUUGGUUCUAAUCCCAAUAUUUUUUUCCCCAGGCAUCCUAAUUCUAUAAAAUGGAAUGAAUGUUCCUUAAUCCCAAUUUAUGUGCUAUUGUCAUAUAGUCAGGUUACCUACUACCAGUUUCCUCCAAAUCCCACCAACGCUCUUUGUCUAAAGCAGAAUUGAUAAUCUUAUGUAUACAUAUACUUACCCCCCCCCCAACUUCCUCAUUCCAUUUAUUUUUUAAUUUGCUGGAAACCACAGUGUUAGUUCUGCCCUCUCCCUUUCCCUGCAUAUCUGGUCAGUCGGUUCAGAAUAUUCUGUCUUUUUAAAAAGCUCCUGAAAUGAUUUCUCCAUUCAUAUUCUCUCUCCUCUAUCAUUAUUGCAUUCUCCCACCCAGGCUUUUUCCAAAUCAUUUUUACUUCUGCUUAAUUUUAUCCUUCCAAAGCACAUGAUUGGUUUUAUCUCCCACUACUACCUGGUUCAGAAAACUGCCUAAAGUGUUCAGCAUCCACUGGUGUGAGUAAUUAAAUCAACCUAGGGGGUUAGAUCAGCCUUUUUGGGAAAAAAAAGUAGAAUAAAAAUUAUCAGUGCAUGGCACAUGGCAUGGGAAGUAUUCCUUUGGGAAAUAUAUAAUAUAAUCAUAUAUACUAUAAAUGUGUAUAUGUCUUGUGUGUAUCUGCAUGUACUGGGUUGCAGUACAGAAUUAUUUUUUACUGUGGGUUGUAGGGGAAAAAAAUGGUUGAAAUCACUGCUUUAGAGAAGAACUUAAGAAUGCUCAUCUAGGGCCGGGCAUAGGCUCCUGCCUAUAAUCCUAGCACUCUGGGAGGCUGAGGUAGGAGGA